CGGACCAAAGAUAAUCACUGAUCUACGUUGCGCAUCCUUGUGAUUGGUUUUCCUCUCUACUGUUACGACGUGAGACGCUGACGCCAUUUGUGUUGCUUUGGCAAGUGGGUUUUUGUGUGAAUUUGGAAAGGGGUUCCGAGUUAUAUUGCAAGUAUGACAGAUAUCAGGACUUCCAGCACACCUCCGAAAACAAAAAUAUUUGUGGGCCGUUUGCCUGAACAUGCUCAGGUUCAAGAGUUAAGAGCUCUCUUUGAACAGUAUGGUGUAGUUACUGAAUGUGACAUCCUGAACAGGUAUGGGUUUGUGCACAUGAAAACAGAGGAAAUGGCUGCAGCUGCUAUUGAAGCUCUAAACAAUGCUGAAUUCAUGGGUGUUCAGAUUAGUGUGGAGCAAUCUACAGGGAAAAAAAGUGGCAGAGGGGGAGGCUACAGAGGGGGUUUUGGACCAAUGCGUGGUCGAGGUAGUUUCAGAGGAAUGGGACGAGCAACUCCUUACAUGAGGGAUUCAAGAGAGUUUGAAAGACGACCCGGUAUGGCACCACCACCUAGCAUGAGGAAUGGCUUUUACGAGGGCUAUGAACGUGGUUAUGAUAAUUACUAUCCUUCACAUGGUCCUCCACCCAUGAUAAGUCCGAGGGAAAGAGAAGCAGAGAGGAGGUCAUACCCAGACAUGAUGCGUGCACCAUAUGAACGACGUUCUUUCUCUGAAAUGGGUAGUCCAUAUGAACGAACUAGUCUUCCACCGGUUGCAUCAUUUGAGCGUCGCAGUGAAUAUGGUGGCGCAAGAUUGGGCUCAGACAUGUAUCGCAGGCGUACCCCUCCUCCGUCAUCAGGAUAUGGAAGUUCAGGGUACGAUCGUGACGAAAUGGAUCCUUAUGGAGCCCCAAGCAGACGGUUGGUACUCUGUCAUGGUGGGCAAGCUGCUGCUGUGUUGACUAUUUCACCGAAUCAACAUCAUCUCUGAUUUGUUAUGAAUUUGUUAUUCAUCCUAAAAAGAUCAGUCAGUAGUUUUUUGAGUAGAUGUGAAGAAGGAAAGACAUUUUUAAUAAUGAACUUUAAACUGUGAGGAGACAGUCCAUCAUUCAAGAGGAUGAAAUGCAGUGAAGGGAUAGAUGAGAGAGAGCCUGAAUUUGCAUGUCAUUGAGGAAAGUGUUAGUGACUGUCUUUUGGGGUUCAAAAUAUGUGUAACUAAUCAGUUUGUUUCAGGCAAGAAGGGUGAUAAAACAGUAUAUUUCUGCAAGUUUUUGGUCAGUGUGAAACCUCCGUAUCUCAGGAAAUGAAGCUGGCAACCUAUUUGUAAUGUUCUGUUUCUGCAUGAUAAUAUACAGGGUGUGAUCAGAGAGUAACAGGAAUUUUUUAAUUUUGAGGGCAUUAUACAUCUGAUUUUCAAAUUUUUUUAUCCUUUUGGUACACAUGUCUAUAAUGCGUGUUUGCAUUUUCAGCUGUUAUGAAUAUUUAGUUUAAUGUUUACAGUCAAAAAGGUUACACUUGUUUCUGAGUGCUUGUUGAAUUUUUACUUUCGAAAAAAUGGAUCUAAGAAUUUAGAUUAUCAAAAUGUUGACUGUGGCUUUUGGCAAAUCUACUGUACUCAAGACAAGAGUUUAUAAUGAUAUCGAUAUUUCAAAGAGCAUCUAGGAGACGAUGAAGAUGACAACUGCCUGGGACAUGACACCUUGGCAAAUCAAUUAUUGAUAACAAAAUGAAAAAAGUAACUAAAAUUUUUUCUGAAAAACUGCCAAAUCACCAUCAGAGAGGUCGCUUACGAUACCUGCUUAUCAUUUGGUGGCUCAUGCCAAGCAGUUUCUAUGUCUUGUGCAUGAAAUGUGUAGCAGCGAAGUUUGUUCCAAAAUUGUUGAAUUUGAACCAGAAAUAACGUCGCAUAGACAUCACUCGGGAAUUGCUGAGUGAAGUCUACAGUGAUCCAGAACUUCUAAAAUAGGUUAUAACAUGUAAUGAAACAUGGGUAUAUGGGUAUGAUGUCGAAGCCAGGACCCAAUCUACUUAACAAAAACUGCCUGAAGGACCACAACUGAAAAAAAUUCUGCAAGUUCAGUCACAUGGUGUGAAGAUUCUUCUCACGCUCCCUCUCCCCCCUCUCUCCCUCGAUUACAACGGGAUAGUGCAUCAUAAGUUCCUGCCUCGUAGUCCUGCAAUCAAUAAGGAGUACUACUUGGAAGUUAUGCACAAUUUGCAUGAAGCAAUCUGAAGAAAAAAACCAAAAUUCUGGCAGAACCACUUACGAAAAUUGCAUCACAAUAAUGCUCCCACUCAAACCUCAAUGCUUAUUUGUGAUUUUUUGACAUUAAAACAAGUCUGUUAUGUUGCUUCAACAACCAUAUUCACAGGACAUGAUCCCCUGUAACUUUCAAUUCCUGAGGCUGAAAACCCAUGAAAUGUCAUUUUUCCAUGAUUGGUGAGAGAAAAAUAGAUUCGUUGAAUGAGCUGAACACUAGACCGAAAAGUGAGUUUCGGAAGUGUUUCCAAGAUAAAUGGUGGCGCAAGUGUAUUAUAUCUGAAGGAGAUUACUUUGAAGGGGAUGAAGUUGAUGUUAUGGAUAAAUAAAGAUUCUUUAAGAAAAACAAAAAUUCUAGUUACUUUUCUAACACAUCUCAUACAGUCACACACAGUGGCUUUACACAGUGGUAAAUUCCAUAAAACUCUCUUAUCAUCUUUUAAAUUGCCUCUUGCAAUCCCAAUGUUUUCACUAUGUAAUUGUCACAUGUUUGGUCCCUGAAAAGACAUGUCAAGAGCAUAAUACUCACUGACAUCAUGUCAGUUAUGCAGUAUGUAAGCAUCUGACAGGUAAUACACAAUAUGUCCAGGAGCCAGGAGAGAACAAUAAGAUUGGAAGACAAAAUUGCACAGAUUAAAAAGGGUGUAAGGUAGGGACCAGUCUUUUAUCACUAGUGCUCAUUAUUUAAAUUGAAGAAGCAAUGACAGAAAUAAAAGAAAUGUUCAUGAUUAGGAUUAAAAUUCAGGGUGAAAUGAUAUGAAUGAUAAGAUUCACCAAUGACAAUGAUGAAAUUGCUAUCCUCGGUGAAAGAGGAGAAGAAUUAAGAGUUCUCUUGGAUGGAUUGAUCAGUCUGUGAGCACAAAAAGACCAAGAGUAGACCAAAGGAAGACAAAAGUAAUGAGGUGUAGCAGAAAUGAGAAUAGCUAGAAACUUGUUAUCUAAGUUGAUGACAACAAAGUAGAUUAAAUUACUUAAUUCUGCUAUGUUGGAAGCAAAAUAAUGCGUGACAGACAAUGCAGGGACAUAAAAAGCAGACUAACACAGGCAAAGAUAGCAUUCCCAGCCAAACAAGUGUAGUAGUAUCAAACCCAGGCUAUAAUUUGAGUAAGGAAUUUCUGAGAUUGUACUGGUAAGUUUGGAGCUUAGCAUUGUAUGGUAGUGAAUCAUGAACUGUGGGGAACUGGAAAAGAAAGAGUGAUACGAUUAUUUAUUUCUGACUAGCUAACAGUUUCAUUACAUACUCGAACACCAAUGUAUAAAAGACAGAGAGGAAAAACACAGUUUUACACAGCACAGAUUCAACUUAUCUUACAUGCCUCAAAGAUACAAAGCAUCACAGGUAUGAUGAACUUCAUAAUUUUUAUUUUAACACUUCCUCCAAAAUAUGAAAAAAACACUAAAUGUCACAUGGAUUUAAUCUUCUGCACUCCAGUUCCUUCACGCAGCAUCUCGGAUCGGACCCUUUCCAAUGGCUUGGUUAGUAGAUCAGCUAGUUGAUAUGUCCCAUCAAUGUGUUCUAAUCCAAGAUUCCCAUUCAAAAAUCUCUCACUGAUGUAAAAGUGGCAGACUUCAACGUGCUUCAAUUUUCGAUGAUACGUUGGAUUUUUAGACAAUUUCACUGUACUUGCAUUGUCAACAUAGAGUGUGGCAGGUGUCACUUGUUUGGAUGGUCCAAUCAGCUCAUACAGCAACCUGUUCAGCCAGAGCAACUCAUUUGCUCCUUCACUGGCUGAUAUUAUUUCUGCUUCCAUAGUGGGUGUUGCCACUGUCUUUUAAAAUUGACUGGUCCAUGAGACAGCCCCAUGGUAGAGUGUUGCGACAACACCUGUUGUUGAACACCUUGUGUCCUAGUCACCAGCAUAAUCAGCAUCACUUUAGACUUUUAAACAAACUGCAUUAUUCUUGUAGAUAAUCGACAAGUUGUCAUAUUCUUCAGGUAUCUAAAAAUUCUUUUCACUGGAUUCCAGUAUUCAACUACAGGAUCUUCCUUGGCCCUAGCCGCUUUAUUCUCCUUGACAUCACUUUCUUCACAUCCAAUUGGAGUAGAAACUCCAUUAACUUCGUCCAUUCCAAAUCUCUUCAGAAUUGCUAUUGACCCCUCUUCAUUUUGCUGUAUCUUCAUACAUAAAAAGUUGUUGAGAGAUCCUCUAGUUGUAUGAAACUCCAGCUUCAACAUUUCCAUGAACU